AUGGCAACCUCCUCCCUAGAACUCAUAAAGCUAAAUGUAGAUGGUGCAAUAUUUUUUUAUCGUUAUAAGGCAGAGGUGGGUAUCAUUCUCAGAGGCACCAAAGGGGACAUUGUUAUGUUUGCUAGCAAGUUGGAAGCUAAGGCCCAAGAUCUUGCAAUUAUCAAACUCCUAGCCAUGUUCUGGGGCUUACAACUAUGUGCAAAUAUGAGGAUUGCUAAUCUCAUUCUUGAAAGUGAUUGUUUGAUGAUGGUUGACGAGCUCCAAAAUGUUAUUGAUUCACACUACCCACAAAGAGUCUUAGUUCAAGAAACAAAGAGACUUACACAACUUUUUAGAGAUUGCAGAGUUAAACAUAUUAAUCAACUAGGGAAUGAAACAGCACAUAGGCUUGCCUGUUAUGCUUGGAAUGUUGAAAACAUUGAGAUGUGGUGGGAUAUUGUUCCUGUUGAUGUAUCCCAGGCCCUUUGGCUAGACAAAAACACUUUGUAA